CCAGCAGCCGCAGCUCCGCCACCAGGGUCCGCCCCGAGGCCCCAGGCCUCCAUCCUCCUCCUUUUCCCCAGGCGAGGCUGCUGCUGCUGAGGUGGCCAUGGCGGCGGAGGGGGCGACGAGGCGGCGGUUGCCCUCCCUCAGGGCGCCGUUGCCGGCCGUUUUCUGCCUCUUGGCGGCUGCUGGGGCGAUGAUGAUGGCGGCUGAGGCGGCGUCGGAGUCCGCCUCCUCGCAGGGCUGGGGCGACGAGAAGUGCCACUACUACGCCGGGGGAGAGGUGUACCCCGGCGAGGCGGGGAGGGUGACCGUCAAGGACCACUCGCUCCACCUCAGCAAGGCCAAGAUUUCUAAACCUGCACCUGACUGGGAAGGAACAGCAGUCAUCAAUGGAGAGUUUAAAGAGCUGAAAUUGACAGAUUAUGAAGGAAAAUACCUUGUUUUCUUCUUUUAUCCUCUUGACUUCACAUUUGUGUGUCCAACGGAGAUAAUUGCCUUCAGUGACAGAAUUGAAGAAUUCAGAUCAAUAGGUGCUGAAGUAAUUGCUUGCUCUGUAGAUUCACAGUUCACUCAUUUAGCAUGGAUUAAUACACCACGAAAACAAGGAGGACUUGGACCUUUAAAGAUACCACUUCUUUCAGAUUUGACACACCAGAUUUCAAAAGAUUAUGGUGUAUAUCUAGAAGACCAAGGACAUGCUCUUAGAGGCCUGUUCAUUAUUGAUGACAAGAAAAUUCUUCGACAAAUAACUAUGAACGAUCUUCCUGUUGGAAGAUCUGUGGAUGAAACUCUUCGUCUAGUGCAAGCAUUCCAGUACACUGAUAAACAUGGAGAAGUUUGCCCUGCUGGUUGGAAGCCGGGCAGUGAAACAAUAAUUCCGGAUCCUGCAGGAAAACUGAAGUAUUUUGGUAAAGUCAACUAACUGCAUUUUUCCUAAAACUCAACAACUAAGAAAUUGUUAAUAAAGUUCUGUUACUUUUGAUAA